AGUGGUUUUGACCCUCUGACUUGUGGUUUUGACUUUAUAUUAGUGUUUGUGUACACAACAAUUAAUAAUUUCCAUUUCAAAAUCAUGAGACGCUUUUAUUUAUAUAAAUGUAUUAUGAAGUAUAGUAGUAUUUAAUGCUAUGGAUUAUAACUCUACUGUAAAAUAACAAUUAUUAUAACCACAUAACAAUCAGAAUGAUGAACGAAGCCUUUCUUGCUGGACUAUGGGCAUCCAUGGGAAACACAUUAGGCAAAUUAACAGGAACAUCUUCCGUAGUAGGUGAUGGCUACAUUAUAUGGGCAGCCUUAUUAGUAUUGAUGGUAACAGUGAAUACAUGGAGCUUGAGGCAUUUCAUGAGAUCCCUGGAUGCAGCACCCAGUACUGUAACACCAACUGUCAUUUCCUCUGCAUCUAGCUAUGUAUUAUCUGGCUUAAUAGGAGUUUUUCUAUUUAAUGAAGCUACAUCUAUAAAAUGGUGGAUCGGUGCUCUAUUUAUAGUUGUUGGACUCGUACUUGUGUCACUUCCUCGUAACAAGCAAAAAAUAACAUAGGUACCUCUUAUUUUAUUGUCCAAUCAACAUUCCUAAAACUCACUGAAGUGAAAGUUAGUGUAUUUUAAUAACACUUUUACUGUUACUUCCAACAUAACUUUUUCUUUAAGUGGGGAAAUCUUGCAAAUAUACCCACGGCCCCUGGGGAAGUAGCAGUGGGUUAUGUUGGAUUACCAAUUUACCAACUAAAACCCCACUGUGUUCCAUUGAGCCGCUUUAUUGAUGGGGCCGCGGGUAUUGGUUGGAAUUCUUCCGCAUUUUCGAAAAUUUAAUUUUGAUAUAUGAAACAU